CUGUGUCUGUGUGGAAGUGGAUAUGACUAAAUUAUAAUAACAAGAAAAAAUACUUAAAAGAUUAAUGCGUGCCGUCAAUAAAUAGAUAAUAAUUGCAGCCCGAGAAAACAGCUCUGUGGUCGUUCGAAUGUAUCAAGUUUAAUCAGUGAUGUUAUACAAACCUAAAAAUGUUUAGUGUUGACCAAAAGCGUGGAAAACCUGAAGUGGCGUGAUGUUUCGGAGUCGUAGUUGGUUCGGAGGCGGCUGGGGCCGCCCCAAGAACCCACAUUCUCUGGAGAGGUUAAAAUAUCUCCAUAAUAUCCUAUGCAAAAAUACAACAGUCUCUGAGAGCAACCGUGGGAUCUUGGUGGAGUCCUUGCGUUGCAUAGCCGAAAUUUUGAUAUGGGGAGACCAGAAUGACAGCUCUGUGUUUGAUUUCUUUUUGGAAAAAAACAUGCUAUCAUAUUUCCUUAAGAUUAUGCGACAGAAAUGUGGUGGCUCGUCCUAUGUGUGUGUCCAAUUACUACAGACUCUUAACAUAUUAUUCGAAAAUAUUAGAAAUGAAACUUCCUUAUAUUAUUUACUUAGCAAUAACCAUGUGAACUCGAUAAUAGUUCACAAAUUCGAUAUAUCUGAUGAAGAAGUUAUGGCGUAUUAUAUUUCAUUCCUCAAGACUCUAAGCUUUAAGUUGAACAAUCAUACCAUACACUUCUUUUAUAAUGAGCACACAAAAGAUUUUCCUCUAUACACUGAGGCGAUAAAAUUCUUCAACCAUCCAGAGUCAAUGGUGCGAAUAGCAGUUAGAACACUGACAUUAAAUGUGUAUAAAGUUCAAGACGCCAGUAUGCUGAGGUUUAUAAGAGACAGAACUGCUGCACCGUACUUCAGUAAUCUAGUUUGGUUUAUCGGUAAACAUAUACUGGAAUUGAAUGCCUGUGUCAGAAACGAUGCUGAUUUAUCUGUUAUUUCCAGCCAUCAAUCUCAACAGAAGCUAGACGACCUAGUUGCCGAACAUUUAGACCAUUUGCACUACAUCAAUGACAUACUGUGUCUCAACAUUCCAGAUCUGAAUGGUGUUCUAACAGAACAUCUGUUGCAUAAACUGUUAAUCCCUCUAUACAUUUACUCUCUUACGUCCGAAUCAAGCAAACGUCCUGCUACAUCUUCACCAUACAAUAGAGACCAUAUACAAAGUAUUGAAGUCAUAACAAGGAAUCUAGAAGCGAUUUUGACAGGAAAAAGUACAGAUACACCUUCGCGGAUUAACUAUCCUUUACAAAGAAUCGAAUCAGAUGAUGAGGCGAAACCUUCUGUGUCCUGUGUAGUCUCAUUAUUCCUUUUAUCUCAAGUAUUCCUAAUAAUAACGCACGGCCCGAUUGUUCACGCGUUGGCCUGGAUAAUUUUACAAUCGGACUUAUCAGUCUUCGAAGAUGGGGCCACUAAAAUAUUGGACAUGUAUGUCUGCAAUGCAAAGUCGAAUGUUAAACUCGAAUUCUCCAAGCCCCAACUAAGUUUGGAAAAAGCAUUAGAAAAUACGUCGUGUGCUGAUAGAGAUUAUACGACUCCUGAAUAUUCUGGUGCUAAAGCGUUUGGUUACGAUACCGAUCAAUCGAGUUGCGAUCUCGAUCCCGAGUUAGUUUCAACCUCUCUUCCGUCCACUUCCCAUAUAAGUGAAUCUUCCAGUAUAGCGCACGAUUCAACUGAGGAUUUAGUAACUCAAAUACAGCCGGUCAAAUCUGGUAGUUCUGCGACCUUAUCAAAAUCUAAUAUGCCCGAUUCGCCUCUCCCUGAUUCAGCGUUAGAAUCAAGUUCUUCAAAAGUUUCGGAGCUAAAUAAUAUAACGGACGAAGAAAAGCAGAAACUGUUAGGAUCAAUGCCAAGUAAGAACCCCGAAAAGGUUGCGUCAGUAGAAAAUUUAUUAGAAAAAGAAACGAGGAAUAUAGAGACGAGACCAUUUCUCAAGACAGUUUUAGAUUCUUUGGAUUGCAGCGAAAACGACUAUAAAGCACUCUUUGCUUUGUGUUUGCUGUACGCGUUGAUAAAUAACAAAGUGGGAGUAAAUCCGGAAUUACUUGAGACAUUGUUAAAUUCUGAAUCAGAUCAAAGAACUAAAUCAAAUGUAUCAAGUGAAAAAGCAAACGCAAACCAGGAUGAAUCAUCAAGUACAGAUUUGACUCAAGAAAAUUCUAAUAAUGGAAAACGAAAAAUUGACAGUUUCAAUGCCCUCCUUAUAUCGAAACUAAUGGCAAUAGCGAACCUGAGCUGCAAACCUGCGUCCAAAGUAAGGCUAGUAACAUGUGAGCUGAGUGUGCGUUUACUCAGAACGUGUAUGCAAGGCAGCAGCGGAACAGUUAGUGUGAGACACAUUUCUGCUGUCGACAACCUGCGCGCGCGCUCCGCCGCGCUCGCUAGGAACUUUUAUAAGUGUGACGACAUCUUUUUGGAUAUGUUUGAGGAUGAGUAUUGCGAAAUGAGCAAGCGGCCGUUGAACGUGGAAUGGCUGUGUAUGGACGCGGCGAUACUGUUGCCACCCACGCGGACGCCAAUGUCCGGGAUUGCUUUUGAGAAACGAUUGCCUAGUGGAGAGAUGGAAAGAGCCCGUCGCGCAAUACGAACGUUUUUCUUAAUCAGGGAGUUGUAUCUAAAGUUGACGGGCAAAACGGAGACUCAGUUACCACUAGCAAACCCUGCGCCUUUUGUACAAGUUGCCGAUAUACUGGACCUUAACGACUCUGACCUAAUUUCAUGCGACAUCAUCCAAAAAGACGGCACUUGGCAGCAUCGGUUUCUGGCAGUGGAUAACAUCCAAGUUAUCCUGGUGGAGCCGGACAAGCAGCGGCUUGGCUGGGGAGUUGCCAAGUUGGUUGGCAGCUUGCAGGAUUUAGAAAUACAAGGUGAUAAAGACGAUCCACGAUGUCUACACUUGACCAUUCACAAGCCGCGCGUGGGCGCGAGUGCUGCGUUGCCACGGACAGUGUUACUGCGAGCCAAGUUCAAGUUCGACGACCACAUCCGCAGUAUGGCGGCCAAACAGCGACUAACUAAGGGUCGCACAAAAUCCCGUCAAAAGAAAAUGCAGCAGAUUGGUCGGCUGUUAGAAGUGUCGGGAGUGGCGGCGCCUGCGCCUGCGCCGAGGCAUCGCCCGCUGUUCGCCAGACCCGCGCUCUCCACUGUGAGACGACAUUCAGGUUUAGAGGGCGAUGAUACAGAACGUCGCCUCCGCAGGCCGAGCGGGCACGUGCUCAAAGACGGCAUCGUCGUGUACCGCGAGAGGACCACCAGCCGAGAAAGCGUAUCACGCAGCAGUAGCACUCAAGCGUCAAGAGAAAGCUCUCCCAGAGCGCGCUCUGAAGAGAUCCCUCUAGAAGACAUAAGAAGAAACCCUGGCAUUGCCGCCGCUGUCCCUUCUACAAGUAGCUCCACUAAUAGAGUUCAACAGACUACGCCAAGUACAUCUCAGCACCUCAAGCUAACGAGUACAUCCUCAGAAGAAACUUCAUUCAUUUCGAGCGAGCCGCGAACUAAAAGAAAAGGAAUCGUCGAAACCAUAUGAUAUUAGCCUAAGAACCGUUUCACACUUAAACCACCGUGAGAUACACCAAUUUACUACCCUGAAAUCGCGCUGGGGGGUAUUUCCUGCAAUAAGAGUUGAUUCACCCAUUGCUUAGGGUCAUUGCACACUAGUCGCUGGCGACUCAGUCUCUCGUAGACUACAAAAUGUCGGUGAAGGACUAGUCAAAAGUCCGUAAACAGCGAAUCAAACUUAAACAAUGUGACCGUUGCCCUCGAUCAGGAAACGGUGCAUAAUGACAAAGAUCACACGGUAUUAAUACCGCACGUUUUUUUUUUGCUGGUAAAUCUUACCGAGCACGUAGUGGCGAAUACAGUGAGUAUAGAACCACAUGGUUAAAACUAUGUACGUUUUUGCAGUAAAAACAACGUGUGAACGGUUCUAAAUAAAUGUAUGUGUCACUACGUAGUCAGUAAGUUUUAUGUCGUGGAAAACGUACGGUGCAAAUUGUUGUGUUGUGUAAACGGGCUGUUAGGUAAAUCUCGGAAAUGCCUGGCGCAUGCAAUACGGCCCCUUUUGACGGUUUUAACAAUGUAUGGUGAGAAAAAAUAUCGACAUAACCUUGUAGCGCAGUUUGACUUCUGUAACAUAUAAGAUGGUAAUAAUGUUUUAGAUUUGAAAUAAAAUUUCUCCUGGACUUUUUGUAGCUUUUCUCAAGCGAAUAUUCAAAAAUUCUUACAAGUUCUCGGGUCAUGUACCUUAUAUAAUAUUUUACAGUAAUGUUCAGCUAUCAGUUAUUAGUGUUUAUAUUGUUCUAAGCCGGGUCCUGACGAAGUAUAUGCUCGACGAGCAAGUUCCAUAUAGACCGUAGUAAUACUCGACGUUGCAUACAGCUACUGAAUGAACUUAGACGUCGAGCAAGUUCGCGCGUGUACACCUAGUUAAAAAGGUAUUAAUUAGUAUGUGUCGUCCAUUAAAAUAAUGUGUUUUGGGUUGUUUUUAAGUAUUGUACAAAGCGUAAAGUAUUUUCGUCAAAUAAAGAACGUGUCACACUAGAACGAUUAAACUCAGACUAACACCGACUUAAUUCGAAAUUAAGAA